ACAAUACCCUCUCUAUAUAUAGACCCCGCCACCAUUACAGGGCUACACUUUUCCCAACCUCACUAUCCAACUUCGCUUCUUAAAUCUCAGAUCCAAGGCAAGCAAUUAGGAGGUCCCCCCAUCUGGCCAACGCACCAAAGAAGGCUGAGAGUCACAGUACUGAAACAAAGAGAAGGCCGCCAAGGAAAAUGUGGUUUCUGUUCGUGUGUGAUGAGGAAGACAGGGAGUUGGGCACGCAGCAAGCUCCUGGAUCAUGCCCUUUCUGUGGAGGUAAAGUGCAAGCCAUAGACAUUGAGAGGCAGUGGAAGUUCUGUUUUCUUCCCAUAUGUUUCAAGAUCAAGAGGAAGUACUUCUGUACUUUGUGUGCUAGGCGCUUGGAAUUGUAUUACUAAAUAACUACUACUUCAGGAGCAUAUAAUUAUUUCUGGCGGUAAAACCAAGAAAAGGCUUUGCUGUUGUUGUUGUUGAUGAUGAUGAUAAUUAUGUCACGUCUGUUGCCAAGAAAAUGGUUUUUUUUUUUUUUUUUGUGUAUAGGAUUUGUGUUUAAACUUGACUUAAUUUAAUUUCUUGCUUUUGUUGAAGGUUUGA